AUGGCGACUGCAAGCAAUGAGUUUAAACUCAUUGGUCCCAGUGGUGGAGAGUUGUAUAAUCGCUCUGCUGUGACUCUCUCGUGUCGUCUGUCUCCUGAAAUCAGUGCUGUUAACAUGGAGAUCCGGUGGUUUAAGGAGACAGACUGUGUUUGUGUCUAUAAGAACAGACAGGUGACAGAGGGGAGACGUUACGAGGGCAGAGUGAGUCUGUUCACUCAGAAGCUGGAGAGAGGAAACGUCUCCUUACAGCUGAGAGACUGUACAUGGUCAGAUUAUGGACAUUACCUGUGUCAGGUCACUGAUGGAGACAGAACAGAGGAGAUUACAGUAGUGAUGGAUCCUCAAGUAAAAGACGUCUGUGUUUAUCAGUAUGGAGUCAGGUAUAAAACCUUUACACUGAUUUAUUCUCUUCUACAGAGAGACAGAAAAUGGACAGAAGAUGAGAGAAUGAAAAUGGAGAAAUCUGCUUCACGUGUUGAAUAUAACAUAGAUGACAAACAAAUCUUUACUGAAUAUAAAAAGAAGAUCAGAAAACUGGAAGAAAUUGAAAAGGAGCUAAAAAACACUAAGCUGGAACUGGACAGCACGUCUAAAUCACUGCAGCAUAAAGACCAACAGCUGGAGGAUUAUAAAAGACAAAUAGAGAAUAAAGAUACAGAACUGAGAAACAGAGAGAAAAUCAUUGAGGGGAAAGACGCACAACUCAAAGAUACAAAUACAACACUAGAGAAGACGAGUAAAGAGCUAGAGGAGAGAGACAGAGCUCUACAUGAGAGAGAUCAACAACUGAAACUGAAAGACACACAGAUACAGGAGACACAAAUACAAGUGGAGGAAAAGGACAACAGACUCGUGGAGAAGGAGAAAGAAUUAAAUGAGAAAAAUGAAGAGCUGAAGAUUCUAAAAGAACGUUUAGAGACUAAUGAGAAGACUCUUUCUGAGAGAGACGCAGUGUUAAUGGAAACUAAUAAUAAACUUCAACAUGCUACUGAACAAGUUAAAGAGAAAAUCUCACAACUGGAGAAUAUGAACAAACUGCUGAGUGAGAAAAUAACACAGCUAAAGAACACAGAUAAAGAGCUGGAAACCAGUAAAAACAAACUGGAGACACUGGGACAGGAGCUUCAGGACAAGAAGAGACAACUAGAGGAAAUGAAGAUCGUACUGGAGCAACAGAAAACUGAGUUAACAGAAAAAGACAAACAGCUUCAGGAGAAAGACAAAUACCUGACAGAAAAUCAAAAAAUUAAAACCAAACUGAAGGAGGGACACAAAGAGCUGCAGGAGAAAGACAGACUUUUAAAUGAGAGUACUGAUGCACUUAAGAUGAAGAAUAAAACACUGGAAGAGAAGGACACACUGCUCAGAGAGGUGAAAGAAGAACUGGGAAGAACAAAGAGGACAUUAGAGGAGAAUCAGACUCAGUUAAAUGACAAAGAGAGACAACUGGAGAAUAAAGAGCUGGAAACCAGUAACAACAAACUGGAAACACUGGAACAAGAGUUGCAGGACAAGAAGAGACAACUAGAGGAGAUGAUGAUCGUACUGGAGCAACAGAAAACUGAGUUAACAGAAAAAAACAAACAUCUUGAAAAGACGGAGAGGCGUCUAACUGAGAAAAAGACACAGCUAAUGGAGAGAGACAAACAGCUUCAGGAGAAAGACAAAUACAGACUUCUAGAGGAGAAAACAAAGCAGCUGCAGGAACAGACAGAUCCAGAAUCAUCAGCCCCCAUCAGGAGAAGAAACAGCAAGGAAGGGUUACCUCCAUAUAUGAGUGGAGAGACUCAGGACUCAGCAGCACCAAUCAGGAGAAGAAACAGUAUGGAUGGAAAACGUCCUACAUUGGGUGGAGAAUUGUCUAGUCCACAUCCUCCAGUGUCGGUUCCUGUAGCAGAACUGAGGCUGGUGCUGCUGGGGAGGACGGGGUCUGGGAAGAGUGCAGCAGGAAACACCAUCCUGAGCAGAGAGGAGAGGAACCAGGCUGCUACAUCUACAGCUACAUCUACAUCCACCCAGCAGAGUGAGAGCACACAGGGGGAGGUGGCUGGGAGGAAGGUGACUGUGGUGGACACUCCUGACUGGUUCUCUCCUGGACUCUCUUUGGAGAAGCGGAGACAUGACGUAGGACUCUGUGUCCAUCUGUCCGCUCCAGGACCCCACGCCUUUCUCCUAGUCAUACCUAUAAAGCAGCCUACAGGAGAGGAGAGAGGGAUGCUAGAGAAAAUGGAGGAGAUUUUUGGAGAGAGAUGUUGGAGAAACACCAUGAUCAUAUUUAGUGUCACUGAUGAACUUCAGAAGAAGAACAUUGAGGAGUUUAUUCAAUCAGGAGACCAGGAGGUCCAGAGACUGGUGGAGAAAUGUGGGAACAGGUUUCACUGUCUCAACAUUAAGGAGAGUGGAGAUGGUUCUCAGGUCUCAGAGCUGCUGGUGAAGAUAGAGAAGAUGGUGGAAGGAAGCAGAGAGAAAUUCUACAGCGGUGAUAUCUACCUGGAGACAGAAGCUCAGAUUAGAGUGUUGGAGACUAAGAUCCUGAGGGAAAGAGAAGAGAAAAGGAUAAGAGAGGAGAUAGAAGUGAAGGAAAAAAUAGAUAAGGAGGUGCAGGACUCUCUGAGAAAAAUGGAAGGAAUAAUCCAGGAGCAUGAAGGAGACAUCAGACAACUGAAUGACCGAACAACUGAACUGGAGAGAAAGAUGAAAGAAGAGAGAGAUGAAGAGAAAAAGAAAGAACUUGAGAGGGAGCUGAAACGAGAGGUAGCGCGAAGGGCAGAAAUGGAAGAAAAGGUGAAGAAACUAAAAGAAAAGAGAGAGAGGGAGAGGAGAGAGAUGGAGGAGAGGCACCAACAGGAGAUGGAGGAGAUCAGGGAGGUGUAUAAAGGAGAGGUCAGGAUGGAGACAGAGAGAAACCUCAUGAAGAUCAUCCUGCCUGAACUCCAGAAAAACAUUUUGGCCUCUAAAACAAAGAUGCAGGAAGAGUUCAACAGACAGAUAGAGGAGAAGAACAGAGAGCUGGAGACUCUUGAACAGAAACUUUCAGACCUCACAGAGACUCACAGUCUGUGUAAAGAGGUUUAUGGAAAAGCUAUGAGCAGCUCAGAGUCAGAGAGAGCAGCUGUAACAGGAGAAGUGUCGAAGGGAAUCUUUCAGUCAUUGACCGACUAUUUUGUCACUGGAUAACAGAGUUUUUAAAGCCACAGACACUCAAACAGUCUGAAAUAAAGACAGGACUGAACUGGGACAAAAAAAAUAAAUAAAUCAUCCCUGGCCUUUUUGCUCCAGGCAGCUCAACACUACAAUGGAAGUAUUGGUCUAGACAGACACCACCCAUGUACAGUACAUGUCAGAAAAUUUGGAUAAUAAGAAGGAAUCUAAUAAGAAGAUCCCUGUGCCCUGAGAACAGACCCCUCACUGUGCUUCCUGAUGUCUUAUGUGGUAACACCUUCUAUAUCCUGUACCCAGACGAAUAUACAUCCACAUGGCUCUUGUCUGCUAGAACCCUUUUGUUUAAUCAG